CGCGCACUCUGCUUUCGCACCGAGCAGCAGCCGCAUCCGUCCACAACCCGGCGUCGACACGACACGAUGGCGUACUCCGGCGAUCGCCGGCCCUCCCCGCCGCCGCCCCCGCAGCCGCACGCGACCCUCUCCUACCUCUCCCCGUCCGCGGCGCCCUUCACCGUCGGCCGUACCCGCGGGGCCGCGAUCCCCGAUCCGGUCCCCAACGCCCCCGCUAACCCUAGCCCCUACCCCGACCUCCCCACCGCGCCGUCGCUGUACGACUCCUGGGUCGAGCCUCCCGCGAGCUACAUGGAUCUGGAGGCCGGCGCAGCGGCCGGGUACCGAGGUUUUGCUAAUUCUGAUGGGUUUCUGGUUUCUGAGAAUACACACAAUGGCUUAUACACUGGGAAUCAUUUUGGUACCACCGUGCAGCAGCCACAUCCCUUCACAACAUGCAGCUCCGAGUGGAUGGAAGAGAAGUAUCCUGGAAUUUACCAAAGAACGUCAAAGGCCCUCCCAAGUGAUUUUGGGUCAUCAGUUAUCCAUCAGCCUUCUGGGUCUCCUAACAUGUUUGCUUGCUUAGAUAAAAAACCCUGUUCCACACCUCAGCCCGUGAAUCAGCAUUCCCCGUAUUCUGCUUAUGAUAACUACACGGCACAACUUCCAUCAUCCUCAACAUAUCCAUUGGAUUACAACCUGUCCAUGCCACCUGUUUCUGCCUCACCUGAAGUAUGCGCUACAACAAAAUCAUUGUCACCCACAACAGAUGGCCAUAUAUUGGAAAGUGCAUUUUCCUCACCAUAUAUAAACCCUUGCAGAUUAAAUCUUGAUUAUUUUGACUCCAUGCAGAAUGAACAGAAAGACCUCUUUGGACAUCAGACUGCUUAUAAACAUUAUGGUGACUGGAGUAACUCUGACAAUGGUACGAGAAUAAUGGGAAGCUAUCCACUUAGUAGACGUGGAGUUGGAGAGAACUAUCCUUUGGGUGAGAGUUCAGAAACUGGGAGGCCUGUGCAGCCAGGAACCUAUCCACUUAACAGACAUGGAGUUGGAGAGAACUAUCUUUCAGGUGACACUUCUGAAUCUGGGAGACCUGUGCAGCCUUCAUCAGAAGUGAAGUCUGGUUUCAAGAGCUUACAAGCAUCAUGUUCCAAUAUCUCUCCUUCAGAACAUGCAUUUUCUCAGCCUCGUGACCUUUUCAUUGAGCCACUUGAAGUAAAUAAUCCUGUUGUUGAUUCUCCUUGUUGGAAAGGGACACCAACUGUACUCCAGUCAUCAUUUGGUGUGAAAAAUGAUGAAGCUCCUUUUUCUGCUAAUGGCUCAGGUGACCUCCAUGAUUUGCACCAAAGCAAGAAGCUUUCUGAGUUUGGUACAAGUAAUUCUGUGUUAUUUCCCAAGUGUCAUGACACAUCAAAUCCCGAGAGUGAUUCGUGUCUACCUUACUACGUAAAUUGUCUUUCUUCAUUCAGUCUGCCUUCAGGGUGUAAAAAAUCUGAAGGUCAUAGUGAUGCACAACCAUCCAUUGUUGGGGAUUUCGAUGGUAUGGCUAGGUCUAGCCACCCUAGUUAUGUAUCUGUAGAUCAAGGCACCAGAAGAGAAAACCAUGUGAUCUGUAAGACAGGAGACAAUUCCGAAAAUGGAGUAACACCAGGUCAACAGGGAGUUGUUUUUCUUGGCAAAAGAACAUUUGAACCCAUAGUGUUAGGCAGAGACUUCGCCAGUCAUGUUGUGGGCAUGAAUGAAGAUUCUGGUAAGAAAGUUUCAAGCAAUGUUGAUGCAGCUCCAAUUGCAAAUGUUAGGAGUUUAACAAAAGAAAGUCUACAAGGAAAUACUUGUGUCCAUAAAGCUGUGGCAACAUUGGAAGGUCUGUACUCGGAGAUGCCUGUGAAGAAAGGUCUGGAGCAUUUAUCCCAUUGCAGUGCUGGUGUUGAGGAGUUGGUGAAGAUAUCUUCAGAUAAAGUUACCCGCAGAUCCAAGACUCAAGAAGACUUAAUCAAGUCAAUUUAUAAUAUCUCAGUAGUGCUUCUAUCUACUUGCGAUGGUGGUUAUGAGUUGGAGGAAUCUGAACAUGCACUUGUUCAAUCUACAAUACACAAUCUCAGUUCUUUGAGUUCCAAGAUAAGCAAGGCUGCAUUAAAAAAUGAUGAUGUCAAUGGAAACUGCUGCCAAACAAAUACAAGGUGCCAUGGAAAGAAUCAUCAGCCUGAGAAGUUUGAUGGACUUGACUGGGAGAACAUUGGUGCAGAUUUUAGAGCUUUUAUUUUGGAGGAUCUUACUAAACUUCCAGAAGAGAAUGUCAUUGGUGAUACUAAAGAUGCACAAAUGCUGAUAUAUAAGAAUCUAUGGAUUGAAGCUGAAGCUUCCAUGUGUAAACUCAAGUAUGAACUGCAACUUGCCCGCAUGAAACUUGCGACAAAACAUUGCAAUCAGCAAACAGCUGCAGCACCUGCCGAUUCAUUAGGAGAAGCCAAAGCCUCUAACCUGCCCAAACACAAGAACUCUGUAUGUUUUGAAGGGAUUGCUGGUUCUAGCAAACAACAAAACCAUGUGAAAGAGCGCAAUAUCGGCAAUGCAGCCUUGCUACCUCAGGGAGGUGAUAAGGUUGAUGCUGAUGUCUUUGCUCGACUGAAAGUUCUGAAGCUCCGUGAUGAGAGUAUAAAUUGCUCCCGUCAGGUCAAUGCUGAGCUGCAGAAGGGAACAAGUAAUUAUAACAGGACAGAUGUUGUUGAUGACACUGUUUUUGAUAAUGCUGUUGACGAUAGGAUAACUUCUUUAGUGGAGGACAUCAUCAAAGAGCGUUCAGAAGCAAGCAGCAGUGAAGGUGGUGAAGCUGAUGGUGCUACCAUUGCUGCACUUAACGAUUUCACAAGCUGUAACAACAAUACAAGCCCAUUGGAUGAGGACACCAACAUAGAACAGUUAGAAUCUAGUGAAAGCAAAAUCCAUGGCGCUUUUAUGGCUAAGCUCAAAGAUUUGAUGUUCUGUAGUGAUGAUGUAAGUUCAUCAAACGAGGGCAAUGCUCAUCAGCUCCAAACAGCAAGCAAGAAUGAAUUCGGUCAGCUUGAAGACGUGGUUAUGGCCAGGCUGCAAGUCCUGAAAAGGCGUGAAGGUAACAAUAGCAGCGCUGUGAACGAUGGACAAGAGGCUUUCCAUUCUGAUGAUUGGGCGGGUCACUUUGAAACAAAACAUUUCGGUCGAGGGGCGCAUGAUGAGCUAGUCCAGAAGACUGAUUUGCCUGACGAUGCUGGGUCCAGGGCCCAAUCUGAUGAAGUGGAUAGCAAAACUGCCAGCCAGUACGUCAGUGCAUUGCUUGAAGAGUCUCCUAUUGUCUCAGCACCAGCGGAACCUGCAAGUGCGCAAAUGCAUGACGAGCAGCUAAGCAACUCACCCCCGGAAUGGGAGCAUGUGCUGAAGGAGGACUUCUUCCUCCCAGGAAACCAUUUGAAGUGAAAGGCAUCUGGCCGCCUUGAUUCGCAAACCUUGUGUGUGUUGUAUAUAUAUGUUUUAACUUAGCAGUAUGCGAGCCGGAGAUUGUGACAUAAAUUGCAGUAUCAACCGUCGUAGUACGUGAUGGCUAAAACUGAAGCUUUAUUAUGAGUAGAAAAUAAUCUCAACUCAUGGCUCAUACUGAGCUUUCUGUAAAUAUGCGCUGUGCGUGCGUCCUAUCUCGUUGUAUGCUUUGAAAGGUCCGUCAUGCACAUUACUUAAGACCUAUAUAUAUUAUUGUAACAUGUAAUACAUGUAUAUGUGCUAUGAGUACAUACUGUUCCUUUUGAUUA